AAUAUAUGGUAUUUGCAAUGUAAAUCAGCUGUUAAUUAGUAAAAAAAAAACAAAUUAUGAUAUUUUGAUAAUAAUAACACUAUAAAAAAUACAUAGUACAAAUUAUUUUAAUAAAUAUUUUUAUAUGUAGCACCAUAGAAAAAGAAACAAACUAUAAAAGACUUGAAUUAAAACUUUAUAACCACGUACAAACAUGCUUUGCAUAAAAUAACCAAAAAUAUAAAGUGAGUAGUGGGCACUCUAUUUUUAGAUGAUUGGAAACUCCCUAAGUGAACACUGUUCUUUAUGUAGUGAAAGUUACUCUAUAACAAUAAGUAAUAAAGAGAUCUAGGUAAUAUUUAAAAAAAAAAAAAAAAAGAUAUUUUUAUAUAAUUUUUGAUAAUAAAAGUGUUACAUAUAAGUUUGCUGAUGACGUUGUUAAAUUAUCUGACAUUUAUACUCUUUUAAAACAGAGAAAAUAGAUGAAGAAUCAUAAUAUUUAUACAACAAAUAUUUAAUGAGAAUAAUGAAUAAAGAAAGUAAUUCAGAUCAUGCAAUUGCAGGAGCUAUCAGUGGAUUUUUCACACGAUUUACUUGCCAACCUUUGGAUGUUGUGAAAAUAAGAUUUCAGUUACAAGUGGAACCCAUAAAAAAAUACCAUAUAAGUAAAUAUCAAUCUAUUUCUCAAGCAUUUUGGUUAAUAUUAAAAGAAGAAAGAAUAUUUGCAUUAUGGAAAGGACAUGUACCUGCUCAAUUAUUAUCCAUAAGUUAUGGGGCAGGACAGUUUUAUUCUUACAACGUACUUAUGACGUUUUCUAAUAAGAAUUCAAUCUUAAAUGAGUGGAAAAAUUUGAAAAAUUUUUUGAUUGGUGCAAGUGCCGGAAGUAUAGCUACUAUUGUAUCUUUUCCUUUUGAUACAAUUAGAACGAGAUUAAUAGCUCAGUCUUCUAAUGAUAAAGUAUAUAAAGGCAUAAUACAUUUGUGUAGUGUAAUUUUACGUCAAGAAUCACCGAAGGUCUUUUUUGCCGGAUUAUCACCGACAUUGAUACAAAUUGCUCCACACAGUGGUUUACAUUUUUUAUUUUAUAAUUUUUUAACAGAUACUUAUAAAAAAUAUUUUAAAGAAACCAAUAUAAGCUUUUACAAUUCUUUAAUAUCGGGUGGUAUGAGUGGUUUGAUGGCUAAAACAAUUGUAUAUCCGAUGGAUUUAGCUCGAAAAAGACUCCAAAUCCAAGGUUUUAAAGAUGGUAGGAAAGGAUUUGGUAAAUUUUUUGAAUGCAAAGGUCUGAUAGAUUGUUUCAGAGUUACGAUAAGAGAUGAGGGUGCAAAAGGUUUGUUUAAAGGCUUAUUCCCGAGUCAAUUGAAAGCUGCAUUAACAACAGCUUUACAUUUUACUUUUUACGAACAAGCUCUAUUAUUCUUAAAAGAAAUUUUAUAAUACUCAUUUGAAAGAUAAUUG